ACCUGUCUGUCCUUAAUCUUUCAAAACCUCAAACACACCAAAAACCCGAACUUCUUGUUUUUUUUUUUUUUAUCUUCUCUGUUCUUCUCCUUCUUCUCUCUUUCCUAAAGAUUCAAUCUUUAAUGGCUUCUCGCUACAAUUCCUACGAUUCAAGGUCCUCAACCACCUCAUACUUCUCAGACCCAUCUUCAUCCGCUGAGCUAAGCUACAAACACUCAACUUCACGCGCAAUUGUCAAGUCCAAACCAGCAGAUUUGUCAAAAAUCAAGGUAAAAAACAAUGGAAAUGAUCACAAUCUAAGCAAAAUGGUGAAGAAAUUCAUGGAGAAGAAAUCAGUAUCUUCUGCGUCGAGUAAAGGGUCAUCGAGUAAGGCUGUGGGGUUGGUGAUUCCAUCGGAUCUAAUAGCCGAGGACUUGAAAAAGACUGCGAGGAAAGGAACUGGUUUUAUGGGGUUGCAGAAGAAGUUAUUUGGAAAAGAAAAUAAGGAGAAAAAGGAAGUGAAGGCGCUGACAGAGGCGAAAGUGAAUAGUAAUACAAGGACUUUAGCUAUGGUUUUGAAGAGUGAGAGGGAGCUUUUGAGUGCUAAUAAAGAACAAGAAUUGGAGAUUGAUAAGCUUAAGUUGAUGCUUGAAGACAAGAACAGAGAAGUUGAGAAGUUGAAAGAUUUGUGCUUGAAGCAAAGAGAAGAGAUUAGAUCAUUAAAAAGAUUUGUACUUUUUCCUGACGCAAUGAAUUCUCAGCUUCAAGAGUUAUUGAAGCAGCGAGGAUCAGAAUUGAAGCAAGCCAAACAACUCAUUCCAACUCUUCAGAGGCAGGGCACUUCCCUUACAGGACAAUUGCAAUGCCAUGCAGAGGAUCUUGCUGAGGUGAAGGCAGAUAAAUAUGCAAGGGCACAUAUCCAAUAUCAUGGCAGCUCACCAGGGACACCAACGUAUGAUCAUGAAGAAACUGCAAAUUCCUUAGAGUUUAGCUCUUGCGAUGGUGCAACCCCGGGUAGUCCAGAUGACACGUUUCUUAAGGAUUUUAAUCCAUGUUUAACGCCCUACUGUGCCAAGAAAAAGAAGGAAUUCGAGGCAAUAGGCUACGAGUCUUCGCUUGAUGGGAGCUUAUCAGGGAGCAAUACACAAAUGAGCAAUGAACUUAGCUUCAGCUCUCAUGUCAGGAAGUUAUCCAAAAGUUCAGACUGUUACCAGAAUUCCAACACAGGAAGCACAAUGACCCGAGCAACUCGCAGGUCAGAUGAAAGCAAAGGAGCAUACAGAAAGCAUAUGCAGCAGCAAAGACAUUUCUAGCAUCUUGCUGGUGAUUCUGCUCUCACGAGGCAUGUCUGUCAUCAAUCGAUGCUCUUUUGUACUUUUUAUGCUGAUUAUGGACUAUAGUUGUAUUGUGAACUUUGCUGUAAUGUCUACUAGAUGUAAAUGGUACCGUCUAAGCACUUGAAUAAGGGAUGGAAAGCCAUGUGUGAGUGCAUUACAUGUUAUAAGAAAUGCUGCACGGUUGUGCUACAGUAUUAAUCAAGUGCCAUUUGUUUCAAAUAUGAGCUUCCGAGAGA